AUGGUAAGUAAGAAAGCCCAGCUCACUGGUGUAGUGCUGGUUCUCGCAAUCAUCGGCGCCAUUGUCGGUGUCGUAGUGGUAACUCGCCAAACCAGCAGCUCAUCGACUGAGUCGUCGGGUACUGCAACUUCUGGCUCAGAUGCUGGCGUUGUCGAUGCCAGCUCGUCUAAAACGGGUUCUUCUAGUACGGGGAAAGUCUCCAAGAAGAAGUCGAAGACAAAGACCUCGGGCUCUAGUUCCGGCAGUCUCUCCAUCACGUCGGACCCGGCUUCCGCCGAGUACACGGUUACGGCAUUUGCUAUCGGGGACUGGGGCACGACUGUCUCACAAGACUCGUGCUGCACCCGUUCGUCCACUUUCAAUGACUACGACGUCAAUGCUGAGGACAUCGUGGCCAGUGUCAUGGACCAGCAAGCGAGUGCUGCAUCGGCGCCACCAAAGUGCAUCAUCAGCCACGGUGACAACUUUUACUGGACGGGUAUUGACAGCGAAGGAAGUCGCGAUUCGCGCUUCACGACUACUUUUGAACGCAAGUAUGAUGGAUCUAACAUUAAGAACGUACCGUGGGUCAACGUCCUCGGUAAUCAUGACUACGGUGGUGCGAGUUACAUUUGCUCCGACGACAAAGGCCUUGCUAAGUGUUCGAGUGCGUCGGAACUAGUGAAGGCGCUGUCGAAUAAGUUUACAUUGCAAGCAGAGUACACGAGCCCGAACGACAACCGUUGGAUCUUGAAAGACCACUUUUACGUCUACACUAUUGAAGACAAAGCGUCGGGCGUCAGUAUCGACAUCUUCAAUGUUGACGCUGGUGAUGCCAGUACACACGGGGCGCAACAGACUUGCUGCCAGUGCUAUGGCUACGCGGAAGGCAGCGACAAGAAGUGCAAGAACGUUGCCCGUGGCGACAAGUUGUGUGCAGGGGGUGACACCGAAAUGUUUGACGCGUGUUUCGACAAGUUCACCGAGUGGAGUGACGACUCGCGCAAACAACUCGCCAAGGAAGUGGCGGCGUCUACUGCGACGUGGAAAAUUGUCAAUAGUCACUACUCCCCGUACGCUCAUUACGACGAAACAGGCAUGAAGAAGUGGUUUGAGAUUCUUCAAGACUCGGGCGUCCAGCUCUGGAUGAACGGCCACACACACGGUGAAAACCACGACUACUCCUCGUCACUGAAGCUUCACUUUGUGAACAACGGUGCAGGGGGUGGUAUUCAAAAGGAAUCGGCAAGUGGGGUGCCUGGAUUUGCGAAAGGUUCCGUUGAAGCGUUGUGGGCUUAUGGCGGCCAAGAGUAUGGGUUCAUGUCUGUAGAAGCUUCGGAAGAGUGGCUGAAGCUGCAAUACCACACGGCCGAUGACUCGUGGUCGUUUGCCGAGGACUUCAAGUCGACCAAGGCCGGCGGUGUGGCGACAAAGCAUUGCUGGUACAUUCCACUAGAUGGUGAUACUGGCAAGGAGUGCUAA